AUGAGGCACAGCAAAGCAGGCGCUCUAGGAGCAGAAGCGGACCAAGCUACAGGAGCAGGUCCCGUUCCCGUAAGCGCAGGGCACCGGGAGACCCAGGAUGGCUGUGCAGGUUCCACCACACAACAUACACGAGCAAGGCGACCCGCUGCGAGCAGCCGUGCGCCUGGCGAACAGAUGAGCCGGGAAACUAAGCACUGUACCUCCGGAUUCGGUGGGAUGAUACCGUGCCGGGCACGAGCCGAGCUCCGUACGAGGCACAGACGACGCACGGAUUCAAAACUUUACAUACAAUUUAGGGCUCUUUCAAUUUAUGCGUUUCGUAUCGGACCGCUGCAGUGCCGAAGCGGUGCGUUUGUCGUUCGGCGCACGGCCGGUCGUUUGUUUUCAUACAAAAUGCACGGUGCGGCAACAGCGCGGCGUCCGUACCGCGAACGCUCGACAGCAGCACGGCAACGUCGCAAGCCCCACGUGUUCAGUUCAGUGCGUUCG